CUCUUCUCAUUGCAUGCACCUUGCAAAGCUGGGUAUAAUGAAGCAAGUCAUUCACUUCUCGUUUCUUAUAUUUUUCAUCUUCUUCAUCUGUUGCACCACAACCUCAGCUCAAGCUCCAGCAGAGUCUCCAGCAGCAGCAGUACCAUCAGGCCCCAUCAAAAUCAUCUCAAUCCUCAAGAAGUCCGGCCAUUUCACUACAUUCAUUCGGCUCCUAAAAAACACCGACAUGGCGGAACAAAUCAACGGACAGCUUAAAAAGAAUAACCUCGGCCGCACCCUCUUUGCCCCGCCGGACAGCGGCUUCUCCGACCUCAAAUUAGGCACUCUAAACUCUCUUAGUGAUAGAGAACAGCUCCAACUGGUGCAAUUCCAUCUCAUCCCUGAUUACUUAUCUGUAUUGCAGCUCCAAACUGCUACAAACCCUGUGCAUACAGUGGCUGGCGACAGCAACGAGGGUGAUUUUCAGCUAAAUGUAACAUCCUCAUCAACACAAGUCAACAUAACAACAGGGGUUGUAAAUGCAACAAUAGACGAUACCCUAUUUAAUGAAAAUGGCCGGCUUGCUAUUUAUCAGGUGGACCACGUGCUUCUUCCACUAAAACUCUUUGGGACAUCUCCGCUGACACCACCGCCGUCUAAGCCUGAGAAGGAUGAUGGUUUAAAUGCUACUGCUCCAGUAUCUUCUGGUGGAGUUGAUCCAAACGGCCAAGUAACGGCGGCAAUAUCGGUUGGAGUUGCGGUUGCUGCCUUGUUUUCCCUUUGGCUAUGAUCUUUGGUGUUGGUUGAUGAUGAUGAGUACAUUUUGUGUGUAACUGCUUUUGUGAUUUCAAUUUUCAACCAAAUAAAUC